AGACAAUCGUAAAGGCGCUCGGGGCAGCUCACCUGCUCCCGCCUCCCGGAGCCCGGGUCCAGCCCCUGCACCCCUGCCCCCUCUGCUGCCUGACCCCAUCCCGAGCCUGUGCCGGGCCUGGAGCCGACCGGGAGAAGGCAAGGAUGCGGCCAGGGGCAGCUGUCUCGGGCAUCGCAUGCUGAUCGCCUCCCCUGGAGGAGGAGGCGCCUAGACCGUUGCCACUUUUCUUGUUUUCUCGCCCCCCCCCCCUCCUCCUGCUCACUCCCCAUAAUUACAUUGGCUGCUGGAGAGGACAAGGAGAGACGGAGGAGGCGCCUGGCUUCCCCCGCGCGCCUGCCACCCCUGGCCUUUCCCGUCCCAGGUCAGGAUGACUGGAGUUUUUGACAGCCUGGUUGCUGAUAUGCACUCGACCCAGAUUACGGCCUCCAGCACGUACCAUCAGCACCAGCAGCCCCCGAGCGGCGGCGGCGCCGGCCCAGGCGGCAGCAACGGCAGCAACAGCAACCUCCACAAGCCCCAGGAGUCACCCACCCUCCCGGUGUCCACAGCCACCGACAGCAGCUACUACACCAACCAGCAGCACCCAGCGGGCGGCGGCGGCGGGGGUUCGCCCUACUCGCACAUGGGUUCCUACCAGUACCACCCCAGCGGCCUCAAUCACGUCCCUUACUCUACCAAGAGCGGCUACGACCUGGGCUAUUCCACCGCCUAUAGCUCCUAUGCGCCCUACGGGACCAGCUCGUCCCCCGCCAACAACGAGCCUGAGAAGGAAGACCUCGAGCCUGAAAUCCGGAUAGUGAACGGGAAGCCAAAGAAAGUCCGGAAACCCCGCACCAUCUACUCCAGUUUCCAACUGGCAGCUCUUCAGCGGCGCUUCCAAAAGACUCAGUACCUGGCCCUGCCCGAACGAGCCGAGCUGGCAGCGUCUCUGGGCCUCACCCAGACUCAGGUCAAAAUCUGGUUCCAGAACCGCCGGUCCAAAUUUAAGAAGAUGUGGAAGAGCGGCGAGAUCCCCUCGGAGCAGCACCCGGGAGCCAGCACCUCGUCCCCGUGCGCUUCGCCGCCGGUCUCCGCUCCCGCCUCCUGGGACUUCGGCGCCCCGCCGCGGAUGGGGGGCGGCGGCCCGGGCAGCGGCGCGGGCAGCUCGGGCUCCAGCCCCAGCAGCGCGGCCUCGGCUUUCCUGGGCAACUACCCGUGGUACCACCAGGCCUCCGGCUCCGCGUCCCACCUCCAGGCCGCAGCGCCGCUGCUGCAUCCCACACAGACCCCGCCGCCGCAUCACCAUCACCACCACCACCACGGCGGCGGGGGCGCCCCGGUGAGCGCGGGGACGAUUUUCUAACGCCGCGGAGCCGGCGCCAGAGACUGAGAG